AUGUACCGAAUGGUGAAUGUGCAGCCAAACGAUCAAGACUUGCAAAGAAUCCUUUGGCGAGAUUCUCCUAGCGAUCCUGUCAAGAGUUAUAAACUCACCACGGUGACGUACGGGACAGCAUCUGCCCCAUAUCUGGCGACGAAAUGCUUGCAAACCCUGGCAAAGCAAGGAUGCCAGAGCUACCCCAUCGGAGCGAGAGCAGUAGAGGAAGACUUUUAUGUCGACGACAUGCUAUCGGGGGCAGAUUCAAUUGAGCAAGCACGCGAGCUGGUGUCACAAACAAGCCAGCUUUUGAAAUCAGCAGGUUUUGUGCUGCGGAAAUGGCGAACUAACAAAAAAGAGGUGCUAAAAGAUCUGCCGCCCCACCUGUGCGAUGAAGAGGGUACCAAAGAACUGGAUUCCACGAGUGCGGCAGUGAAAACUCUUGGUUUACUGUGGGAUUCGUACAGCGACAAUUUUCGAUUCAAUGUACCAAAAUGGAAUAGCAGUGCUAUCAUCACGAAAAGAGUCGUCCUGUCUGAUGCCGCUCGCAUAUUCGACCCGCUAGGCUUGGUAAGUCCUGUCGUUAUCCUAGCGAAGGUAUUUUUACAAGAUUUGUGGAAGGAAAAGGUUGAGUGGGAUAUGCCAUUACCUGAAGAGUUCGAAGCAUAUUGUUUGGAGUUUCGGAGAAAUAUGAUGAGCCUUGAUACCAUCACUGUACCGCGUUGGAUUGGAGCCAGCUCAAAAUGUAUAGAAGUGGAGUUGCAUGGGUUCUGCGAUGCCUCCGAGAAGGCAUACGGAGCCUGCAUUUACCUGAGAAGUGUAUGGGAUGAUGAUACCGUGGCCGUACGUCUGCUGACGUCUAAAUCCAAAGUUUCACCGUUGGAAGAUUUAGAGAGGAAGAAGAAGAACAGUCUAUUCCACGCUUAG